GAGUUCUCCCGAGCAAGGGGAUUCCGAGAAUAAACAAUUCGUCAGACUAGACUACAGGUCGCAGAGCCUGAUUACUUCGAUCCAAAUCGUUUUGAAACAAAUCUACCGUUUGAUAUUCAUUUUUCAUCAUUAAUGCGCGUUAGAGAAAUGCGACCUUUUUACUGAGACUAUCGGAUGGAUUUCCUCCUGUCGAAUAAUGAUGCGGCUUUUCGGUUGAGUGGGGUCCACUGCCAGCCAGCGGUGUAGACAAACCCAAGCAGGUCCCCCCUCUGAGAUCAAGUGAGUGGAAAGGCACCACGGAGUGAACCGCCCCCAGGCUUCCUGACAGACAGACAUCCGAAACAUCCGCAACCACGGAAUGCAUCAAAAUCACUGUGGUGGUGAAACCCGCUGACUCCUCGUUCCUCGCCGUUCGCUGCAUAAGCUUGGACCCGGGCAUUCUGGGAGCAUCCGGUGUCACAGGCACACAGGAAUGCCAGUGACGGCUGGGUGAGAGCCCCUAAAUGGCUCCGGUCAUGGCCACAGUUUCUUUGUGUUAGUGUCAUUUUCCACUUUGGAGAAGGGAAUACUGUACAUUGAGCCAGUGGAAUCCAGAACCUGUAAAAUACUAUAGAACCUGCCCAUGUGCAUCCUCACCUCUUAUCAAUAUCUGGAAGUUCUGUACCUGAUGACCUAGUGGACCUUGUUAUUCCCAGUAGCAGUGCUGAACCAUACGAGGGGAUCCUAGUAUUGAACAUGACUCAUGGGGAGGAGCCUGGCCCUGAGACACACACGGAUUCAGCUGUUCUAACUUAUCUGGAAGGUUUACUGAUGCAUCCCGUGGCGGCUGGGCCUGGGGCCACAGCAACCCGGAGAUCGGAGGCUCCCCACGGGCACGGCAACCAGAUGGAACAGGUCAACAAGGCGGCCCGGCCCUUCCAGCUGCCCAGCCACAGCCCUGCUAUUGCCGCUGUUCAGAAGGCUGGCAAUGGGAACAGUCCCACACUGCACCAUGGGGCCUCCCAGAACCUGAAGAAGGCCCGGCUGCUCCGCUCAGGGCCCUGGAACGAGCCUGGGGCCCAGAGGCUAAGCUCCCCCCCUGUGGAGCUGAACGGCCAGGGAGGAGGAGGAGGCGGCCUGCAAAACGGGGCCCUGGAGGGCUCUCCUCACGCUGGGGAGAGCACACUGCUUGCCUCCCUGCUCCAGUCAUUCAGCUCCAGACUGCAGAGUGUGGCCAUGUCGCAGCAGUCCACCAAACCCCCCAGCGAGCACUCCCCGCCCACCGAUCCCCCUCCUCCUGCAGACAAGGAGCAGCUCCCCUGCUACGGAAUGGCCUCCAGCCGCCUCAAAGGCUUGAUGAGGAAGACCAAGCUGCAGAACCACAGCAGCACGCCUUACAGCCGGCGAGGCCACAGCCACGGCCACAGCCAGGAAAGGUCCUGUGAGUCCCCCCGCUCGGUGCAGAGCAGCACGCCUCCCUCUGCCCCCACUGUUGCUGCUGCUGCCACUGAUGCUGUGUCCUGUGCUGAACGGCUCAAAGCUGUGGCCAACCUGGUGAAGAUCCGCUCCAGCCCUGCCCCCUCUCCCAAGCCCAGUGUGGCCUGCAGUCAGCUGGCCCUUCUGCUGUCCAGUGAGGCCCACCUGCAGCAGUAUUCCCGGGAGCACGCCCUCAAGGCCCAGCUCUCUGGACGCUCGGCCAGCGAGAGGCUGGCCGCCAUGGCAACGCAACAGACCCAGGACAAGAGACCGCCCAGCACAGAAGAUGCUCUGCCCACCAGCGCCACCACCACCACCCUAGAUGUGCUAAGCUCCUUAACCUCCCAAAAUGGGACAACGACAACAACACUCCCCCGACUGGCACUAAACUCCAGCUCCAGCCAGCAGAGCCCCUCCUCUCUGCUGCCAACCCAACCCCAAACCCCCACUAGGGAGAAACGGGGAUUUGAUUUGCGCGCCACCAGGCCCCCCCAGACCUGCAGCAGCUUGCUCCUGCUGCUCCUCAACAACCACAACAACCAGAAGCAGCUGACUAAGAACGGGCACCUUGAGGACGACUGCGGGGUCCUGCCUGCCAGCCGUGGCUCCUCCGUUACUUCUGACAGUGAGUGCUCUGUCCAGGAGAAAAGCCUGGCCAAGAGAGAGGAGAGCUGCAGCGAUGCAGAGAUCUCCUUCUCCAGCUGCUCUCCUAUUGACCUCUCUAUGAGGAGCAGGGCUAGCACCAGAGCUCCAGAGACCAGGCCUAAAGCCACCUCCUCCUCCACGUCUGCUUCUUACUCCUCUUCUACUGCUUUCUCCUCCAACUGUUCUUCUGCUGUUUUCUCCUCUGCCCCCACUGUCUUUUCCUCUUCCACUACCGCUUUCUCUUCCUCCUCUACUGUUCACUCCUCUUCCUCCACCACUUUCUGUUCCUCCUCGUCCUCGUCCUUAGACAAACUUACUGAGUCCCUUCUAAACAAGUGGAAGCCGGAUCCCUCCGGGCCGAAGGUCACCCAGGUUAAGAAGGAGCUUGAAAUGAGCCCAGACCUUAAAUCCCAGCCCAAGGUCACUCUCAUGCAGCUCCUUCUGGAGCGCAGGAAUAACGACAAGGUAAACAAAAUUGUGGUUAAUCCAGAUUUGCAGCAUGACGCAACUCUGUCCAGUCUGUCACGGGUCCCACUUAAAUCACUGGCCCCCUGGGAAGAAGUCAGGAUACAGAGCCCUCUGGACAGACCAGGCCCAACCCUUCCCAUGUACUCUCUCAGCCGAGACCCCAGCAGCACCCCGUCCCCGUUCUCCUACCCCUCUCCCUAUGUCCAGUCUAGCCCUCUGGAUCUAUGUAAGUCCAAACCCUUCCCUGUUGAGAAAGCUGCAACUGAGCCGGCGUUCAGCGCCAGCAAACUGUUACAGAACCUGGCCCAAUGCGGCACCGCCUCACCCUCCCCGCCCAUGGUUCCCAGCAAAGUACCCAGCCAGGAUCUGGAGAUUGGUGGUGGCAGGCCUCUGGCCCUGCUGGAGAGGCUCAACGCCCCCAUCCAGAGGAACACAACAUGUACCCCCCUCUCAGACGGGCCCUCAGGCAGUGGCACACCGUCAUUCAGCCGUUGGGGGGAAGCGUCGCCCCCAGCAUCCCAGAUCGAGAAUCUUCUAGAGCGUCGCACGGUGCUGCAGCUCCUGCUGGGAGCAGGUUCCUCCUCUACCUCCUCCGUGGCCUCAGCCACCCACAGAGACUGGUCUGGUGGGAGGGGCAGUGUGGAGACGGCGGCAGGGAGCUGCUAUGAGAAGCCCCCUGGCACUUCUGUCAUCUGUGACAACUCCAACGGGCCUACGGCAGCAGACGUCAAGGUCAAAACUGAACCGGGGGAGGAGGACCUGGACCUGUUGUCCUCUGCUGUGUGUGAGGAUGUGACGAGCCAAAAGAGACGGGGAGGAGGAGCAGGCUAUAACUACAGGCAUAACUCAUUCUCUGAACCCCAGCAGGAACUAAAAACAGAGCCCCGGCCCACAGAAGUCAUUGCUAAAUAUGGCCUCCUGAGCCAGCUCUUAAAACAGCAGAGCGCUACCUACUACACCAGUGCUGCACAACUGCAAACAGAUCGCCGGCCCAGCCCUGUCCAUGUAAAGGAGGAGCAGAGAGACUACCACCACCAGGGGCCCAGCCCUAAAAAGAUACGUCUCUGCACGGAGCUGGCUGAGAGCCUGAACAAUGGUAGCCCUCAGCGGGCAGUGGUGGACAGUGGAGGCAGCUACAGCUACAGCAGCCUGGUUCACAGCCUGGUCCAUAAGCAGAUACAGGGGGAGCCUGACUACCACAAGGCCCUGAGGGGCCCUAAAGUGGAAGAGACCCCAGCCAGGAGCCCCAGCAGUGAAGCUCUCCUCCCUAGGGAGAGCCGGGGCUUCAAUGUGCUCAAACAGCUGCUCUUGUCUGACAACUGUCUGAAGGAGCUGUCCCAGCAUCCCCGGGGGGGACCCAGCCCCUCUGUCCUGCAGGCCAACGGUAAAGCCAAUGGGAGCGUCCUUAACCUCAAUCAGCCGGGCUACAAUCACCACAACCUCCUCAACCUCCCUACCCUGCCCUGGCACCACCCCAACCCCCAUAACUCCCUCAGUUCAGGGCCUCCCACCCACCUCAGACCGCAGCCAACAACCCCCCCAACAGGGGACAGCAGCCAACGCUCCCCUUGGGGGCGCCACACUGCCCUCCCACCCCACCAGGACUCGCCCAAACGGGACCCCACUCCAGUGAAACGGGAGCCAGAGAGUCCAGGGCGGUGGGCAGGUCGGGACCGGGAGGAGGAGGGCUCUGAUUCGAGCCCAGACUCCCCCCGGCUGACCCGCUCCAACCCCAUCCUAUACUACAUGCUGCAGAAAGGCAGCACUCAGCUGAGGAGGGAGGGGAGGGACCAGGCAGAGGGGACCCAGGGGUCAGUGCCAGGGGGGGUGAGGGUGAAGGAGGAGCCGGGUACUAACAGCAAUGAUACCUACAACCACAGACUGAGCUCCACCACCACCUCCAACCAGCACUCCUCCCUGUCCCCUCCCUACAACAACGACAAGCACAGUCACAAGAACUAUAGGCUGAGUGACUCAUCUGAUAAAUGGUAGUUUUAUGAACGAAUUACUUUUAUGAACUAAAACAUAAAAAAGACACAAGGGGGAAAAGAUCGCAAUGUUUCUUUUUUUUCUUCCUUUUUUACUGACUUGCCAAAUUCAUUUGUAGUUUAAUGAGAAGAAGUAACAGCAAGUAAUGCAGGAGUGAGGAUUUUGAAAGAGAAGAACAGAGGAAAUGAGUUCAAGGCAUUCGUUUCAUUAUUGUAUCAUAAUUCUAGAUGGCUCAGGUUACAGGAUGGGUGGUACGAUAUAGCUCUACUUCAACAGAAUGUCAAAUUAUGUGCACCAAAAUAAUCGUCAAAUUUUAAUGUUGCCCACUGGUGAUUUCCAUACAGUAUGUAUUUCACAUUCUCAAAUGAUUGAAAGAAGGCACCAUUCAUUUUACUCCAAUGAUUUGUGCCUGUAUUGCACACAUAUCACUAUUCUGUGUCCUCUUUGUUGCUACUCGUAAAACAUUGAUGAAGAACAUUUCCAGCUACAUUUAUUAUUGAUGACUCCAAAAAUGUUAGCGCUCAGUUCACUGUAUAUUUAUUUAUUUUUUAGAUUAACAGAGAACAUCACUUUUAGAUCAGACUCUAAAUAAAGUCAUACCGGGGCAAGCACAGCAGUACAUUAAAAUGUACACGUUAGAGACAUUUUUAAAGGAAAACCUUGUGAACAAUGUUAAUCAAAUCCACUAAAGGUACCUAGAGUUCCAUUCUGUUUGAAUGCUCUGUAUUGGUUGCUACUGUAACUUCUCCUCAAGUGUGAUUUAAUUUUUUGAUCAUCAGUGAGUCAGCUGUCAACUGAUAGACUGGGCUCAUGUGGUCACAACGCAUUGCAUUUUGCUUUGAUCUGGAAUGAACUUGUUGGGGCUUCGUUUUGACAGUGCAAAUGCAAGGUAACAUUGUCUUAAUAGAUGGUAAUACAACGGGUAAUACAGCUAUUUCUAAAUAGUAGUAGUAGAGGGUGUUUUAAAACCUUGCCGAGCCUACCUGUGGGGGGUAUACAGGUUCGGCGCAACAGUUAAAAGACUGCAGUGUCUGCAUAACUGUUACAUUCCAAAUGAAUUCUAAAUGAACACAGCUCUCUCACACAUACUUCAUCUUGAUUUUGAAAUAUAAAUGAAUAUUCUGAAAUAAAUAAUACAGUCUCAUUUGAUAUUGUACCCCUGAGUUUGCACUGUCAAAGUUUAGCUCUUGGUGACCUUAAAAAUAAUAUGUUUAUGGCAUGUAAUGAAAAACUGUCAGUGUUGUUAUCCGUUGAGAAUUUGACAGUUUGUGAAGCUUAUUUUGUGUUUCUUGAUUCUCGUGCUUUAUGGACACCAUUUACUUUUUUUGCGGUUUCUUAGCUCAUAUUAAAAUGUCUAAAUAUUUGCAUGGAAAUAAAGAGAAAACCGCAGGUACAUUUGAAAGUAGCAGGACAUGACGUGAACCUGCCACCCAAGAAUCAUUGAGAUAUUUUUGGUGUCUUUUGAGGGCUUAUCUGAUGUCUAGCUCCUUAUUUUGAUUGUACUGUUUCUGGUUUCAGUUUCACACACUGCUGUCAUGCAUUUAGUCUUACAUGUGCUAUUUUUUUAUACAUAUACAUAUGAAGUACAUAUGAAGUAGAUGUUUCUUCUAUUAUUAAAACAUUUUCACAAUGGUUAAACAUAUUUGUGUAAAUAGUACUUUCAUUAUGAAAGAUAACUAUUUUGUAUUGUUGAAGAAAAAUAUAUGACCCUAGUUUUUAAUGCCCUGAAAAAUGUAAAUAUGAAUUCAAUGCCUAUUAAUGUACAUACAUACAAAUGGCAGAGGAUACUAUGCCCGUUUUUUGGUUGGUUUGUUCUUUGCAUGUGUCUAUGUGGUAAAUGAUAAUCUAUCUUGCGCCGUGUUGUGUAAUACUGUCUGACUCUCCUCACUGCUGCCUGUUGCAUGCAGACGCAUGGGAACUACCUGUGUAUCCCUACUGGUGAUGGGGCAAAAUGUCAAGUCUUAAAAUAGGUAUUUUUAUCACAGAGAGAGGGUCAUUUAGAACAUGAACAGUCCCUAAAUAACCACAGACUGCUGAGCAAGUGGAGAAAAUGUGUGAAAAUAAAACGUGCAUUGAAUAUUUUUGUGAUUUUAUUUUCUGUUACUGGUUGACGACAGAGCUCGGAUGGACAGCGCUUGAGGGUUUUAGCGGAUGAAUGAAGUACAAUCAUCAUUGUGCAUCGUGCAUCUGAAACAUGCAUUUGUAGCAAAAAGAUGUGUUUCGUUUUUCCAUGUGACAACCUGAAACAUUAUUUCAUUUUUUAUGUUUGAAUUUUUUUGGUGUUCAUUUGCACUGAUAUCUCCAAAAUAAAGUACUAAAAUGCU